GAGAGAGAGAGAGAGAGAGAGAGAACACUGUGGACUUUCACUUCUGUCUCGAGCUGCUCUCGUGAAGCUAGAGGACAUUUUUAUGAGCGGAGCUAAAGGUUUAAGGCAGUUCUUUUUCUGGGACUGGGACUCCAGAUUAAGACUGUAACUGGGAUUUCAGAUUAAGAAGACUGGGACUUGGAUUUCAGACCAGGGUUGGGACUCCGGGUUCAGUCAGAGUUUUCUGGAUUACAGGGUUUCUGAGUUUGACGCGCGCAGAAGUUUCAUCAGCAGAGAAACGGUUUUUGUCUCUGCGUCAUUUCUCAUCAUUAACAGAGCAGCAGGUGUUAAUCUGUCACUACAGUGAUUAUUUAUUAUUCUGGGACAAUAAUUACGACAGUGUGUGUGUGUGGGCGCGCGUGCGUUUUGUGCCAAUAUGUUCCUGUUGGCCGCGCACUCUCGCCGCGCCGCGCUCUCAGCGCCAGAUCCGCUGUUUCCAGCGACUCAGUGCGUUUUAAAGGAGAAACGUGACUCGUUCUCGGUGAAACUGCAUCAUUAAUUAAUUAAUUAUUACUUUUGUUGUCUUCUGGAGAGGACUUUAAGUUUUUUUCUGUGGAAGCGUGUACUUAUUUUUGCGCACGGAGAUGCCGCGACAGCUCCGCUUCCUCCUGCUUCUCCUGCUGCCGCCGCUGCUGCUGCUCGUGUCCGGCAGCAGGUGGUCAGCGGUGGCCGUCAGGGUGCGGAAGAAGGCCGGCAGCAGGGGGCGGUCGUGCGCGGACCUACCGGAGGAGAUUCUGGAGCAGAUGUUCGGACGUCUGUCUGUGGGAGUGAUGAGCGCGUUCCACCACGCGCUGCAGCUGCAGCCGCGCGACAAACACAACAUGAGCUGCCCCAACAUUUCCACUGCCACGCUGACCCACGGCAAGAGUCACCUUCCGGUCAACCUGCUGAGCGUCGCCCCAUGGGCCUACCGGUGA